UUGUCAGGGACCAGCCACAGUUGUGUUUGCCUUAGAUGGAUCAGAUAGUAUAUCUAAUGAUAAUUACCAGACUAUGAUCACCUUUACAAUAAACAAUAUCAACUCAUUCAACCUUGGUCAAAAUCAUAUUAUGGUAGGGGCUUUAGUGUAUGGAAGUGAUGUGACGGCUAUUAAUCCAAUGAGUGACAAGGCCAACCUAAUUCAGGAAAUUCAAAGCAAACUUAUACAACCAAGGGAUGGGACUCGUACAGAUAAAGCUCUGGAAACCAUUCGUUUACAAAUGGUUAAUCUGCCAAGCACUCGUUCACGUGUAGCUAUCAUUAUUACGGAUGGCGAGUCAUAUGACAAAGUCCAAACGGAAAUACAAGCAAAUUUAGCAAAACAGCAAGGAAUGCUUAUUGCUGUGUUUGGAAUUGAUAUGAAACCUGGAUCCGAUGGAUUUAAUGAACUGAACAAAAUCGCCAGCUCACCUGACCUUGUGUUUUUGUUUGAUACCUUCAAUUCACUUAUAACAAAUAUAACAAUGAUUAAAAAUAUACUGUGUCAAGUGAUUACACCUACUACUACAACAUCAACAUCUGCACCGGCAACGACAACGCUGAAAACCGAUCCAAUUGUAACUGAUCCAUUAUGUGAAGGUUGUGUAAUUGUUGAUGGACAUGCCUAUGUCAGACACGAUAGUGAUUGUUCAAAGUUCUAUCACUGCUAUCUAACUCACGACACCAAUGGUGAUGAAAUCAUGGUAGCUAAGGAGGAAAAUUGUGCCGCUAAAACAUUUUGGUCCCAGGAACAUAAGACAUGUGUUACAUGGGAGAAUAUGGUUUGCCCGAACCCACUGAAUAAAUGUUUUGGUCAGGGUGACGGGACCCUUAUGCCGUAUCUAGGUUGCGAAACAUACUGGAUGUGUCAAGGUGGAAUACCGCUGCCAAUGGCUUGCUCAAACAAUAGGAUAUUUGAUGCAAACACCCUGCAAUGCAUACCAGAUCCCGGAACAACUAAUUGUUUUAGUCCCACUCUCCAAACUUGUAAUUUUGAGGAGGACCCAACCGACUCGUCUAAAUACUUCGUGAAGCAACAAGCUCAAGAUGGUUCAGUUAUCAUGAUUCAUCAGACAUGUGCAUCAGGAACCCUUUACGACCAGUCAAAGUGUUCAUGUUCUACACAUGACACAAAUAUCGUUAUUUUACCUACAGGUUGUCAGGCAUUGGUGGAACAAGGUCAAAAUGGCGUGUUUACCUUCAAACAGACAAGUGACUUAAUAUAUGGCAUCAAUUCAAAUGCUCUUGUUGAUUUUCAAACGGAUCCAGAUGCAAUGAAACUCACACCAGACGGGCAUAUUAUAAUGUAUCGGUUGGCUAAUUAUGAUUUCCAGCAGGCCUUUGCAGUGUCUUUCAAACUGCAGCUAUCAGCAAGUAGCCCAAGUGGCUUGCAACAAAUACUUAUAAACUGUAUAUAUCCUGACACCGCAACAGCCUUGAUUGAUACGCCAUCGAUAUCUAUACAAGUGGGCAAAUCUCCAACAGGCGACUAUACUUUUUUCAGUCAGUUGCAGACAACAGACGGAAUGCAAAUCAUCACCGUGUCGGUAACAAGCUCAACUUCUGCUUAUGUUGACGUAACAAUGGCUUAUGAUGGAAACGUCUUUGUUCUAAAUGUUGAUGGACAGGAAAGUUCCAUCGCCUUGACAGGAUCCAUAUUAAAAGGCCCAACUUUUGCACUUGGCAGGCCACUUACUAAACCUACAUCUAAUGGCAUUCAGUACCUUGAUGGCAGUAUCAAAAACCUAAAGAUAUACGAUUGUAUAGCUCAGGAGAUCAAGGACAAACUGACUGCAAUGUAACAAAUGCAUUUAAAACCAAACAAGUUGGAAUGCUUAUAUUGCCAAUCUAUUGAUUACCUCAAUCUCCUAAUAUGUUUAAUGGAGAAGACAAAUUGAUACAUUAUUUGUUUUAAUGCAUUGUGAAAUAAUAUUUGAUUUCUACUCUAUUGAAAUAUGCAAACAAAACUUCAUGUAAAUAAACAAAACAUGUCUGAAUGUAAAUAUUAUAUAUAAUUACCAGUACAUAUUGCUAUAAUUGAAAAUUUAUCACAUUUUAUGAAAUAACUUUAAGAUUGUAAAUAUGAAUUGUUUUAAACCUUUUAUAGUCCACGAAAGAUGAUUCUGUACGUAAGUGAGUAACGACGAAGGCAGUUCUUAGCUGAUUAAUGUUAUCCAUUCAAGAAACACAAAAUUUAAUAUAAGUGUAAUUGUCAAAAUGUUGUGUUGUUUAAAUGUCAAUAGAAAAAUCGUAAAAACGGUAUAUUCAGUUGUUGUACAGGUCAACUGGCAUACACGCUUUUGUUCUAUUUACUGUGACCAACCCAUAUAUGUGUAUAAUAACUUAUUGAUAAACGUUAAGCUAUUCAGAAUUGAUAACGAUAUCAAUUUCAUCUGGUAAUAAUGUGAACAUUGAAAUUGUUUUGUGUUUACAAAGUCACUACAUCGAACUGCUUUAUCAUUUCUAUGUGUAUAUUAUUAACAUAAAAUUGAGAAUGGAAAUGGGGAAUGUGUCAAAGAGACAACAACCCGACCACAGAACAGACAACAGCAGAAGGCCACCAACAGGUCUUCAAUGCAGCGAGAAAUUCCCGCACCCGGAGGCGUCCUUCAGCUGGCCCCUAAACAAAUAUAUAUACUAGUUCAGUGAUAAUGAACGCCAUACUAAACUCCAAAUUGUACACAAGAAACUAAAAUUAAAAAUAAUACAAGACUAACAAAGGCUAGAGCAUGAACAAUUUCACAUUCUGUGUACUUAAAUUUUGAAUCUGGAAUUAUUUACUAUAAGUGCUACAAUUACAGGGGAAACUCUAUGACUUGAUGUUUUAUUAUUAUAAAUCACCAUGUAUAAAUAUGUGAUAUCGCUGUUGAAAGUGUUUUAAUAACUCUGUGAUCAUGUUUUAAUGUCUUUUUGAAAAUAACAUUUAUAUGCCAUAUGUCAUUUGUUUUGAUUACUUUAAAACGAUUUUAAGAUUUUUUGCAAUAGUGCUUUUUAGUUCUUUAAAUGUAUUUCUGGUAUUCAAUUUAUAUUAAGAUUCAAUCUGAUAAUACAACAGUUUUUUUAUUAUGUUCAGGGUCGGAGAUGGUAUUACAUUAUUUGAUAACUUCCACUUGGCAUUUGCCCUAACAUUUGAAGUAAUUUGUUUUUAGUCUUUACAUUAUACAAGAUUGCUAAAUUAUGUUUCUACAUAUAUUCAUUAAUAGUACGCGAUUUUAUUUCGAAAUAAAA